AUGCCCAAGCGAAGGUCCGAUCCAGUUAUUCCAGACUACUGGAAGCCGGUCAGCAAUCGCAACAAAAAGAUGAAAUCAGAUGGCGAUGUCGAGUUCAAUCAAAAGAUUCCUCCAGCGUCCAGGGCUGUACUUCAGUCUGUCUCCCUCCCAAUGCGGCCAUGCAACUACCAGCACACAGACCAGCAUCGCCGAUCAGCUCAUCAGAGCCAUCGCUCCGGCAAGAAGAAGUCAGAUCAAGUCUAUUCCAGGAGACACUGCUCCAAUCUUCCGCGGUCAAACUCCACCUCGCGGGAUAAAGUCAAAUCAUCCAAGAGCCCUGAAUUUACUCUCGAAAACAACCGCUACCUAACCAAUCUCAAGGUCUCCCACGAUGAACGCGCCAAACUUAAGAAUAUUCAGGGGACCUACAUAAUGAGACACCGGUCAAGUGGCGAAUACCAGGGCAAAGUGUGGCUCAUCUGGGACGAAAGCCGGCUUUGGGGCGCAUUUCUCGUGGGUCCCUGGCAAGGUAUCAUGUUCAUCGACAAAGGCCCGGAUAGAGCCUCUCCCGCAAAGUACGAUAUGACCUGGCGAGGCGAAAACGGUCAUGAAUCCAGCCCUUUCCACGGCAAAGGGUAUAUCUGGAUCGGACAUGAACCCGUAAUCCAUGGCCGUUUUGACGGAAUGUUUCACAGUAAUGGGCUCCGAGAUAGCUUUGAAUUCCAGGCUGAACGGAGAUCGUGCGUGCCACAGCAGCUAGACGAAUACAUCCAGGAGUGGGAGAGGUUACGAGGGAACGAUUCCAAUAGGAAGGAACCUUCGACUGAAUACAUGCUCUUGUCUGAACUCUUGCCUGGAUCCUCCCCUGUGAAUGCAAUCCGAGUCGAUAGCGAUGAGGAUGAAAGUGAAGUUGGUCCAGAAGAUGAUGUUGAUACGCUAUCUGAGGAUGAGAAUGACGAUGACGAUGGGGACAGGGAAUAUCUUGACGAUGGGGACGAGGACGAUGAGGAUGAUGACGAGUAUGAGUACGAGGCUGUGGAAGAGAGUGAGGACGAGGAUGAGGGAGGUCGUGAUUCCGAUAGUGACAGCACUCGCAGCUCUGGAACACUCUCCCCGGACCCCCAGGAUCCCAUUCCCCCAUCACCCGCGCAAUUUGAGAACGUCAGGUUACUCGAGUUACUGACGGGUCGUUUUUAUUUGAACAGCGAAGACAUCGACAGCAACUGGCCCCAGACCCUGUCUUCUGAACGUGUCAUCCAUCUCCACGUCCAGCGUGAACGAAAUAAGCUCUGGGGGAAAUUCAGGAUCGGGACAUGGGGAGGCUUAAUGCAGUUCAUUCCGUCGGUGGACAAUCUCCUCUUUGAUCAAUCUAUUAUAUUCAAUUGGCAAGGUUUGGAAAUCGACACGGGUCAACACAUGAAGGCAAACGGUUCGCUCUUUAUAUCGGAAAACGGAACAGUCAAAGGGACGUUCAAGAAUCUUGGGGGAGACUGCAGCUUCACGGGAGAACGGGAUAGGACGAUGCCAGUAGGAGAAUCGGGGUUUGGGUUGUCAGAAUAUCGCAGGGAUUGGAAGAAUUGGAUGGUCUCUUCAGCUGAGAACUGGUGA